AUGGCCCUUAAGUCGAGAUUUGUCCAGAGAAAACAGCUGGAAGACAUAGAAGAGGCCAUCCUACACCAUCGUGCUGCCCUGGAACUCCGGCCAUACGGGCAUACAAAGCGGUGUAUAUCUCUUAGCCACUUAGCAGCUGCUCUGUAUGACUACUUUGACGAAGCAGUCUCGCUCCUCCAGGAAGCAGUUGCUCUUGAGCCAGUUGGACAACCACAUCGUCCUGAUACGUUGAACAGACUUGCCCGUUGUUUUCUUUAUCGAUUCAAGUCACUUGGACAGAAAGAUGAUUUGAACAAAGCAACCUCGAGAGCUCGGAAUGCUCUAGACCUUUGCCCCAAAGACCAUCCACAUUGUUCUGAGUUACUGCGUACUCUUGCAGAAUCGCUACACAUACGUUUUCAAAAGGAACAUGGAGAAGGCAAUCUGGAAAAGUCCAUGUAUCUGUUUAAACGUGCUGCAACUCAUAAGUUCUCCGGAACUCUGUUGCGACUGCAUGCAGCACAUCAUUGGGCAGUAGCAGCACAUACAAACAACCAUCACAGCACACUUAGUGCUUAUCACGAAGCCACAUCGCUCUUGCAGCACGCCUUGACAAUUAGUCCUACAUUGGAAAUGCAGCAUGAAUUCCUUACCACAGAUUAUACGAACGGAAUGUUGGUACUAAACGCAGCUGCAUAUGCAAUUAAGAUAGGAGAGCUUGAGAAAGCUGUUGAGUUUCUCGAGCAAGGAAGGGCUUUGCUUUGGUCACAGAUGCGUAGCUUCAGGGGUCCUUUGGACAGGCUUGCAGAGGUUGACAAGCCACUCGCAGAAAACUUCGCCGAUGUUAGCCGACGUCUUGAAACUCUUGCGACAGUAUCUCCCACACGAUCCCCUGGUUUGGAAGAAACCAUUGUUAAAACGGAGUCCGACCACGUUCCAAAGGCGCAACGUCUUGUCGAUGAGAUGUUGAAAUUGAGGCGGCAACUCUCCCUAGAACAGGAGAAAUUGAUCAACAAAAUACGUCAACUUCCUGGAUUUUUGGACUUCCUUAGUGCCAGACCUUUCAAAACCUUGAAGCAAGCCGCAAACGAAGAUGCCCUUAUAAUUCUCCCAAGCGAUGACCCACCGAUUGUCUGUGUCCCUCUGAAAGACAGUUUCCGGGAGAAAGCAACGAGACUAUAUAAGGAUCUCGUCUUGCAGGCACUGUGGGACUUGGUUGUCUCAAAAAUUGUCAAACAACUAAAAGAGCUCGGUUUUGGUGAAGGGACUCGUAUAUGGUGGUGCACUACAUCCAUUCUUUCUGCACUUCCAUUUCACGCCGCAGGACCAUUUGAAGGGCCGGAUGGGUGCAAGAAAUAUCUCGUAGAUGAAUAUGUCUCGUCAUACACGCCAACGCUCACGGCACUCAUUGAGGCGAGAACUGUGAGCCGUAAAGGAAAAACGAAGUUACUCAUAAUCGGAGAUACAAGCCUAGCGUCUGCGUGGGAAGAGAUUGAGACGAUACGCAAGUACAGAAUGCGAUCGAAAGAACUUAUCACCAAUGAAGCAACUCGGGAUGCUGUGAUCGAGUCUCUCCGAGAUACCAAGUGGGUUCACUUCACGUGCCAUGGUCAUCUGGACUCAAAACCUCUUGACUCUUCCUUCAAACUUCACGACGGACGUCUUUCCCUGUUAGAUAUCGUCAAAGCCCAUCUUCCGAAUGCCGAAUUUGCUUUCCUAUCAGCUUGUCAUACCGUAGAGCAGCAUUACGAGGGAGCGCAGGAUGAAGUACUUCACUUAUCAGCAGCGAUGCAAUUCUGUGGUUUCAGGAGUGUGAUCGGGAGCAUGUGGGAAUUGUACGAUCCAGAUGGGCCACGGUUUGCAAAAGUCAUCUAUCAGCAUAUGAAUAUGGGCCCAAAGAGUGAAGCGAAGUACAAGCGAGCCGCUGGAGCGCUUCGCGAGGCUGUGUUGGAGUUGGAGGAGAGGCAAGACGCUACGACGGAGAAUUGGGUCAAUCUUGUUCAUAUAGGUGCUUGA